UCUCUCACCAACACAUACUUGCUUUAUAUCGCCUUGCCAGCCUUUCAGAGUGACGGAGAGCAGGCAGCACUGUCUGACACAGAGAGAGAGAGAUUAUAUAACACCAGCUCUGGGAAAUGCUGGAGAGCUGAGGGGACCUUCGCCGGACAGCAAUGGGGGAAAUACAGACAUCAUAACGGCCGUAAACUGAUAAGUAAUCGCGCAACAAGGAUGCCGAGCAUCUGAAGCUUUUCCCCAGGGAUCAUCCUGGAGUCUCUGCCCCAAGCCUUGGAUUUUAAGCCCCUCUCUGUUGUGACACAUCCAUUGUUCCACUGCUGCUAUUGGACGAUGAAGGGCCAAUGCCUUCCACAUCACCAGAUGCUGCAGGUCUUUCCGCCAUCAUGAAGUCGUAAGUCGGUUACCCAUCUUCUCCCUAGUCCCUGACAUGGCCUUCCACUGAGGACAGAGAGACGGUUAAACAUGACGGCGCCUCACUACAGGCUGCACUGCCUCUUGAAGCGCGCUCAGAUGCUGCUGCUCUGCCUGGGCAUCGCCUAUCUGAUGGCGGGCAGCAUUCUGCUCCUGCAGCGCUCCAGUGUCAGGGUGGCCCAGCCCAACCUCGCCGGCCUGCCGCCACUGCUGGCCCUCGCCGCACCCCCCACCGUCCUCAGGGCCUGGGCGGGCCUGGGCGUGAGGGCGCGUACGAGAUGGGCCGCCGCAGUUCAGCCCGCAUCCGGAGGGGGAGCCAAGGCGGGGCGGCACUGGCCCGCUUCCCAAAGCCUGGGGGUGCAACACUUGCACCGCCGCUGGUUUCACAGUCUGCUGCCAGAGAGCCCAGAGCAGAGAGUCCCUCUCCACAGGAGCAGCAGACAUAAAGGGACCUACAUGGGCUGCUUUCUGCACAAUGCCACUGCUCGUGCGCUGGGAGGAACCAUGCUUUAUGACCUGCGCAAAAUGACCAGUUCUCUGUGUCAAGACACCUGCUCAGAAAGCGGGUACCAGUUUGCAGGUCUGGAGUUUGGAGCCGAAUGCCACUGCGGGAACCGGAUCAGUAGCACACGGGCCCCCGAGGAGGACUGCGGCCUGGUGUGUCGGGGUGAGAGGGGGUCUCCCUGCGGAGGCGUGGGCCGACUCUCCAUUUACAAAGUGGAGGAGCAGCUGCCAGGUCACAGAAAAUUCAGAAAUGUUCACUACCGCGGUUGCUUCAAGUUGACGAAGAGCACCAUUGGCACCUUCCCCAUCGACUCCUUUCAGCCCAACCUAACCACGCAGUCCUGCAUCGAGACCUGCACAGACAAGGAGCUCCCGUUGGCUGUGUUCAAGAAGCCCCACUGUUUCUGUACGUGGACGUCGUCUCUUUUCAGUCUCAACCAGCAGUCUGACAAGCAGCAGUGUGUGGAGGACACUGGGCUGAAUCACACCGCCAACUCCACAGCCACGGUGCCCACUGAGCAUGCCCACUACCAGGUGUAUCACACACCUGUGCUUGACUCCAUGUGCAAAGAGAGGAUGUUUCUGCCGCAGAGAUCCAGCUCCCUGGUGGCCCUUUCUAGUUUUCCUGGUGCGGGCAACACCUGGGUGCGACACCUGAUCGAGCUUGUGACUGGCUACUACACUGGCAGCUUCUAUUUCGACGGCACGCUCUACAACAGAGGUUUUAAAGGGGAGAAGGACUACUGGAAGAGCGGCCGCAGCAUCUGCGUGAAGACCCACGAGAGCGGUCAGAAGGAGAUUGAGAUGUUCGAUUCUGCCAUCCUGUUGAUUCGAAACCCGUACCGCUCCCUCGUGGCUGAGUUCAACCGCAAGUGCGCUGGACAUUUAGGACAUGCCACAGACGCACAGUGGAAAAGCAACGAAUGGCCAGAAUUUGUCUCCAGCUACGCCCCCUGGUGGGCGUCCCACGCUCUCAGCUGGCUGAAGUUCGGACAGCGCCUGCUGGUGGUCCAUUACGAGGAUCUGCAGACGGCCCUUCUCCCUCAGCUCCGUGUCAUCACAGCCUUCCUGAACGCCACCAUGACGGAGGAGAGGCUGAUUUGUGCCCAGAGCAACCAGGACGGUCAUUUCAAACGCUCGGGGGCCUCGGGGCCCUCCUUUGACCCGUUCACUCCCAACAUGAGACGGAUGAUCGACCCCUUUAUUCAUUCUGUCGACCAGGCACUGCAGAGGAGGAACUUUAGCGGACUUCCAGAGGAGUACCUUCCCAGAUGAUGAUCUGACAAGGUCAUGCUCUUAGUCCUUUAAAUGACUGGUCCAGCUGGGGUUUAGCGAGAGAAAAGUUCUUCCUUGGGUGCUCCGUGGGGAACGGACACACGCUGGCUGAUAAGUGGACCACCUGACUCUUUAAUAAGCCAGACGUAACGUGAACGGCUGUAGAGUCAUGGAAACACACUGGAGGUCACUGGAGGACACAUGACAAUCCAUCGUGAAAUCCAAUGGCGAACAGAGCCGGAGGCCUCGGGGGCCGGGACUGCCUCUGUGAGAGCUGCACAUGCGACGAAUACUCAGACAGGAUUUGACAGGAUUUGUUGGCCUCUGGUUGGGAUUAUCUGGCGAAGUGCCUGACUGCACAAACACGAGUGGGUAAAUCCUGGACGGACUCAUUCGUUUGAAAGGGGCUUUCUGUGGCUCUUUAUAUUUUCACGUUAGUACAUAUAUUGUGUUUUUAACAUGCACCCAUGUUCAUAAAAAGGUCCUACUAACACAGAUGAGCAUUAGAAUGAGCCAGAUUACAUUGAGUUUCUCUCUGGCUGCUACAGGUUUGCCAUCAUGGUGGACAAACGCCUCCAAGCUGCUGCGUGUGGCCGCAAGGACUCUCAAUGCAACCAGUACAUAGACUCAGACAAAUGUUGAUCACAAUGGAACUGCUUUGGACUGUAAACUUUUAUUUCAUUAAAACGUUGAAGUCGU